AUGUGGCGUAAUCAAAAUUACUACACUAGCAAAGAUUCGAUGUUGGAUUUAGAACAACUAAACGCUCAAUCGAUUUACAAAAAAGUUCAGUACCGAAAACCAUCGUACGUUGGACGUUGUAUUGGUGAGUGUGAGAUUUCCAAUUGCGAAUAUCAAUAUCCUUUGACCCUCGUCAGACCGGAUUAUGUCAAAGCCAACCGUGACACACCAAAAUCAAUUCUUCCGUCUGCACCUGAAUUGCCUUAUUCAAAGCACACACCCCCUCACUGGAUGAGAUUGGAUAAUUCUGAAAAGUAUUUGAAAGCAGGAUACAGAGGUAAUCGUUUCUUUACUUAUCGACAAUUUGGUCAUACAAGCAAGGUCGAAACUCAAAGUGCAUUGUGUGAUUUUACGAACGGAUAUCAGUUCACGAAAUCCGCGGAAUUUUCUCCUCUUCCAUUUUAUCACACUUCGUUGCAUGGGGAGAGACCAGGAAAUGAAAUUUAUCCUCGAUACUCUGGAAUUAUUCCGAGCUACAAAGGUCACGUUCCUGGAAUGCAGCACAGCUAUGGUAAAACAUUUGGACAAGAGAGCGUGAAUGCAAAGCGAUACAUCAACGAUUCAUGUCUUUGUUUGCAUUAA